AUGAGAGAAGUUUGCAUUGUUUGUUUCGUCGUCUGCUCUGGAGUUUAUCUUGCCCGAAAUGUGACGAAAAAGCCGCCGUUGAGUGCGUGCACAAAUCCUUGCAACAACAUCACAACAGUAUAUUUCAAUGAACAUUUAAUUUUUCUAACUCAACAAAACUCACAAACAGCAUGCAAUCCAAAUAAUCUGGCCACCCUACCAACAGCAGACCUCCAUGAUGUCACAAAUUCAUUACAACUUCAUGAACUGAUACAGUUUUUGCACCAAAAAAGUGACAUCCUGUUGAACGAACUCACUCUAGCCCUACCGACACCCCCCGGCAGUGAUGUGGACUCUUUUGAGCAAUACGAACUUGGGAGUUCCUGCCUGCUGAGGUGCAAUGUGUCGCACAGGUCCGUCAAAGAGAAAGGCAACAUCAGCUGGUCCUUCAAUGAGAAGCAGAUCGUCCCAGAUGCUUGGUCAUUUGGUCAUCACGAGAAAUGUGACGUCAUGAUGAACGAUAGCAGAUCAGGGGAAGUGAUGAACGCUGCCAGAGUUUUAAUAUUACAAAGUCGUCUGUGUGGUGUUGGGAUGAAAAUUGACAACGAAUUGAAGCAACAGAAAAAAAAACGUUUAACUGAUAUGCAGCUUGAAACAUGUUUCCCAUUGUUAGCUCAUCCUAUUUUUCCGAUUCAAUUUAAAAAAUAUUGA